AAAAGCUUACGAUUUAGCCCAAAAGAGAGGGGGAAAAAAGAAACUCGAGAAACAAAUAUAUCUGCAAUUGCCGGCAGGCAAUCGAAGCAUUGCUUACAUCCAGAGAAGAGAGAGAGCAUCUGGGUCCCUCCCUCCCCCCUCGCCUUCCUCGGCCUCAAUCAGUGCAGCUUUAGCCUUCAUCGAUGUGGGAGAGAUCUUAGUAUUGGUUAAAGAACUAUGCCUCGAAAAGUUAGUUACGGAAACGAGUAUGCCGAUGGCUAUAAUGACUAUGACUAUGACUAUGACUAUGACUAUGAUUAUGAAAUUGGAUAUGCUGUAGAAGAAAAUGUGAAAGGACCUUCUGAGCAAGAUACUAUCAGACAUGGUGUGUGGCGUUGCUCCAUUUGUACUUAUGAUAAUGAUAAUACCAUGUCAUCAUGUGAUAUCUGUGGGGUUCUUCGCAGUCCUUCGGUCAGUAACAGAACCUAUGAUGAGAAGAGAACAGUUCAUGGCAUAUGCAAAGUUUCUGGAGUAUCUGUUAUGGCCAAGUCACUUUUUGCAUCAUCGCCACAUCAAAUGUCCAAAAAUGUUGUAGAUUCUCAACAACAGAACAAUGAUUUUCGGCUGAAAGAGGGCAAUAACUUCCACCUGCUUGGGAAUAACCAACAACAGUUUCAUGAAUUUCAUGAAGCUUAUAGUUCUCCUACCCAUUCUCGUAUUAAUAUAGCCCCUUUCAAAUUUGAUACUCCAUCUCCAGAUGACAUGGUUUCCAAUGGCAUGCAUUUGUCUAAACAGCAUCCAAGAGCACAGAAUUUUGGCUUGAAAUCUUCCAAAGUUCCCUCAAGUGUGGUUGGGAAGAAUAAGGCAGUUAAAGCAUCAAGUGCUAAAAGGUCAGAUAGCUCAUAUGACUCAACAGCAAAAGACAAGCACGAUGAGAUUAUCUUUCCGAAGAAUUUAGAAAUCAAUGUACCAUUAGGUUCAAGAACUUCUUCUUCAGUGCCAAAAGGUGGCCUUGAAAAUACGGACAAAAGUAGUAUUGCUGUUAAUAUGUGUUCUAGUGGUCCAAGCUCAUCAUCGUUGAUGCAAAAAGAAAGAACUGACAUGAUUGAUGACAGCAGCUCUUCAAGGCAUGGAGAUGAGGCACAUAGUCUCACCAGUAAUCUAAAAAACAUGGUUUUGGCUUCUGAAUCUGGGAACUCAAAAGAUAUAAGCCGUGGAAGAGUAAAUUCACAUGCAGAAUAUAAGCCUGAAAAGUGGACGCUCUCUGAAAAAGCAGAAGAUUCUCUGACUCAAUUAAAUCUUGCAAUUGUUGGGCAUGUUGAUUCUGGAAAAUCAACACUCUCUGGUAGAUUGCUUCACCUUUUGGGACGAAUAUCCCAAAAAGAAAUGCACAAAUAUGAAAAGGAGUCCAGAUUGCAGGGAAAAGGAUCCUUUGCUUAUGCUUGGGCAUUGGAUGAGAGUGCUGAAGAAAGGGAAAGGGGAAUCACUAUGACUGUGGCUGUAGCUUAUUUUGAUUCAAAAAACUAUCAUGUUGUUGUCCUUGACUCCCCAGGGCACAAAGAUUUUGUUCCAAAUAUGAUAACUGGGGCAGCCCAAGCUGAUGCUGUGAUUCUUGUCAUAGAUGCCUCUAUUGGUUCGUUUGAAGCUGGUAUGGAUGGCACAAAGGGACAGACACGGGAACAUGCACAACUCAUCAGAAGUUUUGGUGUUGAUCAAAUUAUAGUUGCAAUUAACAAGAUGGAUGCUGUGGACUAUUCUAAGGAUCGAUUUGAUUUUAUAAAAUCACAGCUUGGGACAUUUCUCCGCUCUUGUGGCUUUAAGGACUCCUCAGUUUCAUGGAUUCCACUAAGUGCUGUUGAAAAUCAGAAUUUAGUGGCUGCACCUUCUGAUGUUCAUUUAUCCUGGUAUCAGGGACCUUAUUUGUUAGAUGCAAUUGAUUCCUUCCAGCCUUCUAUUAGAGAUUUUUCAAAGCCCCUACUUAUGCCUAUAUGUGAUGUUAUAAAAUCUUCACAGGGGCAAGUGUCUGCCUGUGGCAAGUUAGAGGCUGGAGCUAUUCGAAGUGGAUCAAAGGUUUUAGUUAUGCCAUCUGCAGAUAUAGCAACCGUGCGUUCCUUAGAGCGUGAUUCCCAAGCUUGUUCAAUUGCAAGAGCUGGAGACAAUGUAGUUAUCAACCUGCAUGGGAUAGAUGGAAAUCAUGUGAUGGCUGGUGGUGUUUUAUGUCAUCCUGAUUUUCCAGUUGCAUUUGCAAAACAUUUGGAGUUGAGGGUGCUGGUUUUGGAUGGUGCAACCCCAAUUUUAACGGGUUCUCAGUUGGAGUUCUAUGUACAUCAUGCAAAGGAAGCUGCAAGAGUUUCAAGGAUAUCAUCAUUGCUUGAUUCAAAGACCGGGAAGGUCGCAAAGAAAGCACCCCGCUGCAUUGUGGCCAAGCAGAGUGCAGUCGUUGAGGUGGUUUUGCAAGAACCAGUUUGCAUUGAAGAGUUUUCAAAAUAUAAAGCCCUUGGAAGGGUGUCUCUAAGAACAUUAGGAAGAACAGUUGCUGUGGGCAUCGUGACUCGAAUAGUUGAGGAGCAGUAGUAGUUUCAUACUAAGACUGAAGGGCCGGGCUUGUGUAGUAAUUCAAGAUCGAUGUGAAAAAUAUAAAGUGUUAUAAAAUGAGGAAAGGCAUUUGUUUUGGUC